GCCCGCCGCGCGCCUCCGGGAGGCGGGGCCAGCAGUGCGCGGGACAUGGAGGAGCGGGACGGCCGCACCGGCGGCUUCAGGAAGGACACCGUGGACCGGCUUCUCCGCCUCCAUUUCCGGGACGGGAGGACCCGAGUUAAUGCCGACGCGCAGCUGCUGGUGGCCGAGUUGCUGAAGGUCUUCGUCCGAGAAGCGGCGGCUCGAGCAGCUCGGCAAGCUCAGGCAGAGGACCUGAAGAAGGUGGAUACUGAGCAGCUGGAGAAAGUGUUGCCACAGCUGCUUCUGGAUUUCUAGAGGCUUUCUGAAGCACAUGUCACCUGUCAGCAGACAGUCCUGACCUGACAGCGAACAUGUGUCUCGGCCUCAGAGUCCAACUCUGGGAUGAACAGUCUCAGCUCUUUCUUCGUCUGCCAUUUUGCUUCUGUUUCCUCUCUCCUUUACCAAGCACAACACAGCCCAAAGGAACGAUGCUGUCAGAUAACGUUUUUGAGAAGAGGCUGCCACAGGCUUGUUUUGUUCCGCUGAGCACAUACCUGGUUUCAAUCUUGCUGCCCUACUCCCGGUAACAGAGGCCUGUACUUCACAGCAUGUUUCAGAUCCUCAUCUCUGCCUCCAACUGAAACAGCAGUCCUAAAGUCGCUGCCCUAAAAAGGCUCAAGUUCCCUUCCCUGACAACACAGAGAAGAGAACUGCUGAUGUGGACAUCCACAGUAAAGCAGCAAUUGAAUAGCAGCAGCAGCUAAAAGUAACUCUUUGUAUAGGGAAGGGGAAUAAGACCUCUUGUCUAGCUAUUGAAGGUAGCAAUUUUUCAUUCUUGUGGUUAAAUUGGGUUUGAUGCACAGCUGAGUUACACAAGGGAGGAGCAUGGGCAGAACUGCCUGAGGGAACAGUCAGCAAUGUAAAGCCCCUACACUUAACCCAUGAAACUGCCCCAGGAAUACUGGUAUUGUUGCUUGUGUCCCUAAACUUGUUUUCCCAUGUCAGGUGCUUGCAGGGGAUAGUUAUGGUGCUAACCCUUUACAAAAACUGACAGAACUAAAACACUUAAGCAAAUCAGCUAAGCAGAUUGUACUAUUUGAUGUCACCUGUGCCCUUCAGAAAAAUAAGGACUAGCACAUCUGAAGGCACACUGCAACUUCCUCCCAACCACACUGCUUCUGCAUAUUCUAAUCCUGGGAACAAAAAACACCAGCACAGGUAUUUCACUGCUUAUCAUUAGCAAUAGCUCUUGGUUUCUCCACAGGGAUAUCCUGUAUAAAUUCAACAAGGCAGCUCUAGCUACCGUCUACCUCUGAUUUGUGUGACAUGAAUAAGCCUGAUAACAGCACCUGAACGAAGAUACUGACAGUCCUAUGGAGUACAGGCUCAGCCCACACUUAAUCCUCUAAAGAGUAAUAAACUUUAUUAUUUGAAUGGUU